CUAAUAAAGCAGGAAGUUGGAACAACUUUCACCAUAAAAUUUCACAACACAUUAUUGCAAUACGGUCUCACAUAUAACGCUGUAUCCAGAAGCAGUGUGGGUAACGUUAGACUAAAAAAUGGCCACAUUAAAGUCAUGCAGUGCUCUGGUCACAGGAGCCAACCGGGGAUUGGGUUUGGAAAUGGUUAAGCAACUUCUAGAAGCCCACUGCUCGAAAAUAUUUGCUGGAUGUCGGGACCCAGACGGGCCAAAUUCUGAGUCACUGAGAGAACUGGCCAGUAAACAUCCGAGUAUUUUGACUAUUGUGCGUCUAGAUGUCACUGAUGCACGCAGUAUCAAAGAGUCCGCCGAGAAAGUGUCGUCUUUACUGGGGAAUAGCGGCUUAAAUCUGCUGGUGAAUAAUGCAGCCGUGCUGAAACAAAAAAGCAUGCUGACCGCCACAGUGGAGGACAUGCAGGACAACUUCAACACCAAUGUGAUAGGACCUAUGUUAGUCAUUAGGGAGUAUUUGCCAUUCCUGCGUGCAGCAGUUAAAGCCAGUGCUAAAGCAGGGUUGUCAUGUGAUAAAGCAGCUAUAGUCAACUUCUCCGAUUCAGAUACAUCCUCCAUGAGCAUCGUGCCAACAAUAGAGUCACCAUUUCCCCUCUUCCCUUACAGCAUCAGCAAGGCAGCUCUCAACAUGUUAACAGUGUGUUCGGCUAUGGAGUUGAAAGAAGAUGAGAUCCUCUGCGUUUCCAUUCAUCCUGGAUGGGUGAAGACCGACAUGGGGGGAGAUAAGGCACCUCUUGAACCGAGAGAAAGUGUGGAGGGGAUUCUGCGUGUCAUUAGCGGUCUCACUGACAAACAGAAUGGUUUAUUCAUUGACUACACUGGAAAAAUAAUGCCCUGGUAAAGCUGACAAAGACACAUCUGGAAGGUCACUAAAGGGCUGCUUCAGUUGCCUUAUUUCACAGAGAGGAUCUCAUUUACUCUUUUUUUUAAUUCUCAUUAUUCUGGUUUGACAUUUUGUAACAUUGAUCACACUUUGCAUAAAUGUAAGUGCAAACACAA